UGACGAGAAACAUCCAGUAUACAUCCAUGAUAACAAGAAGUGAAACCUCCUGGAAAAGUUGAGGCAAGGUGGACUUUAUCGCGUUGGUGUUGACAUUUCGACGCCAAAGUGUGCUCGCAGCUUAAAGUCAUGCUGGCUGUAACAUUUGUGCUUUUUGUCGGUGCUUUCCUAUCUCCUCCUGUGACGGCUCGCUACACUGCGGACUGGAGCAGUCUGGAUGCCAGACCGCUGCCUUCAUGGUACGACGGGGCGAAGGUGGGCAUCUUCAUCCACUGGGGUGUGUUUUCUGUCCCCGGGUUUGACAGUGAGUGGUUCUGGUGGCACUGGCAGGGCCAACAACCUCCUGACCAGAAGUGUGUGAACUACAUGUCAAAGAAUUACCCGCCUGGGUUCAGUUACCCGGAAUUUGCACCCCAGUUUCAUGCCCAGUUCUUCAACCCGGAAGAGUGGGCGGACAUAUUCAAGGCUUCUGGUGCAAAAUAUGUCGUCCUGACUGCCAAACACCACGAAGGAUUUACUAACUGGGGGUCUCCAAACUCCUGGAACUGGAAUUCUGUGGAUAAUGGUCCUCACAGGGACCUAGUGGGAGACCUGGGAGAGGCUGUGCGCAAGCGGUCAUUGCACUAUGGACUCUACAACUCGCUGUAUGAGUGGUUCCACCCACUCUACCUAAACGAUAAGAAGAAUAGUUUCAAAACACAGGAGUUUGUGCUGCAUAAACUACUGCCAGAGCUUUAUAACAUGGUUGUAAGGUACAGACCUGAAGUAAUCUGGUCUGAUGGGGACUGGGAAGCACCUGACACCUACUGGAACUCCACUCAGUUCCUGGCCUGGCUCUACAAUGAAAGCCCUGUUAAAGAUACAGUUGUGACCAAUGACAGAUGGGGAGCCGGCUGUGCUUGUAAACACGGCGGGUACUAUAACUGUCAAGACAAGUAUACUCCAGGCCAGCUGCCCCAGCACAAGUGGGAGAAAUGCACAUCUGUAGACAAGUUGUCUUGGGGCUAUCGUCGGAACAUGAAGAUGAGUGAACUAAUGACCUUACCCACUAUUAUAGAGGAUCUGGUUCACACUGUAGCACUGGGAGGUAACUACCUUCUGAAUGUGGGUCCCACUCCUGAUGGGAUGAUCCCAGCAGUGUUUGAGGAGAGGCUCCGGGGAGUUGGUGCCUGGCUAGAGAUCAACGGGGAAGCCAUCUACGCUUCGAAACCCUGGAGGGUCCAGGCAGAGAACACCACUAUGCCAAUCUGGUAUACAUCUAAAGGGACCUCUGUUUAUGCCACUGUGACCACCAAACCCCCCAAGCCCACAUUGCAACUGUUGGAGCCCAAAACAACAUCACUCACCAAGGUGACCUUGUUGGGAAAUUCUAAUCCCUUACCAUGGUCCCCAAUCUACCCAAAUGGUGGCCUUUCUGUCCUUUUGCCUGAACUGCCCUACACCCCCGGUCAGGCCUGGACACUCAAACUGGAUGGUGUCCAGUGAGCCUUAUAUGCCUGAAGCUUUAUGGUUGAAUGUUCAGAAUUUGACAUACUCAGGUUUUUAUUAUGUUUGUAAGCUUGUGCACUAUGACCAAAGGGACAACGCUUGUGUAAUGGUCAGUAUUUUGACCAAAAUGAAAGAAUAGAACACUCCUCUUCAAUGAUUAUUGUGCUCUGAAGACUUAAUGUCUCAGUUCCUCUUAUUUUUGCUCUUUUUUUUUUAAUGAGUUAAUGAUUCUAAAUGAAAAGUGGAAUCUGCUGUGCAGUUUCUUUUUAAAAUGGUUGAAUAAAAGAUGAUUUGAUAUGU